CCGAAGACUUGUCGAGAUGCUGAAAUUUAUAGGGCUGCAGGACUUGAAGGUAUAAUUGUAGAAAACAUGCACGAUCGGCCGUACACAGUCAGCGUUGGUGCAGAAAUCACUGCAGCCAUGGCAGUCAUUUGCGCCUCUGUAAAACAGACAUGUCCUCUUCUCCCUUUGGGUGUUCAGAUUCUGUGUGCUGCAAAUCGACAGGCUGUAGCAGUUGCUCUUGCGGCAGGUCUCGACUUUAUUAGAGCUGAAGGCUUUGUUUUUUCUCAUGUGGCGGAUGAAGGGAUUCUAAAUGCUUGUGCUGGUGAUUUACUAAGAUACCGGAAGCAAAUUGGUGCAGAACACAUUCAAGUUUUUGCUGACAUUAAAAAGAAACACAGUGCUCAUGCGCUAACAGCUGAUGUCAGUAUAGAAGAGACUGCUAAGGCUGCUGAAUUCUUUCUGGCUGAUGGGGUGGUAUUGACUGGAACAGCAACUGGAAUAGAGGCGGAUCCCAAGGAAGUGAAAGAGGUUGGACAUGCUGUGAAGAUUCCAGUGCUGGUUGGAUCUGGAGUCACUCGGGAGAAUGUGAAGGACUACUUGGGUGCAAAUGGCUUGAUCGUUGGCUCACAUUUCAAGAAAGAAGGCCAUUGGGCAAACAACGUUGAUCCAGAUCGCGUGAGGAGGUUCAUGGAUCAUAUUGGUAAAAUGAGAGAAUAAAAUUAUUAACAUAU